AUGGGGAGAGUCGGUGCCGCGCUUGCGAGGCUCGUUGUGCGUCUCCUGGCGUUGCUUUUGGUCUGUCAGGCUGGUCUUGCUAUAACGUCGUCAUCGUCGUUUGGAAGUGACAUCACUUUGCUAUACAAUAAUGACCUGAACGUCAAUGAACAAUCAACCCACCACGGCGCUCUCUUGCUUUCAACUCCACACCUCCACCCCGACGCGUCGCGUGCCUGCGCAGCCCUUGGGGAGACCUUGCUGCCGGUCAACAAGACGUUCUUUGCGACUGACUUGGCGCAUCUGCUCCAGUACCAAGUCUUCCAGAAGCACUUCCCUCCCACCCAGCAGUUCUGGGUAGCCGGCUCGGGACCCUUCUGCCAGAUCGUCGAUGCUAAGGGCGCCGUUAGCCUUUCGCUGACGUGUCUGCGAGAGCUGCCUGUGCUGUGCUCCCAGAGUGCUGGCUUCCAAGCACCAGCCCAGCCCGGGACCUCGCUCACGGUGAAGUCUCAGGACCUGACGAUCGUCGGAUUUCGGGAUCAAACGACGUUCAAGUUCUAUGGCAUUCCAUAUGCCGACCCUCCGGGCCGGUGGGAGUACCCUACUGCAUACACCGGCAACAGGACCAUCGAUGCGCGCAACUACGCUCCUGCGUGUUUCGGGUCAGGCUUGAACCCCAGCAGCGAGGACUGUCUCCACUUGAACAUCUGGACGCCCUUUAUUCCAUCGCCAGACACGAAGACGCGUCUGAAGGCAGUGAUGUUCUGGAUCCACGGCGGCGCAUUCACGGGUGGAUCAGGAAGCCAGUCGCUGUACGAUGGGGGCGCACUCGCGUCUCGUGGCGAUGUCGUCGUCGUCGGAAUUGACUACCGCCUUUCCACUCUCGGAUUCCUCGCACUCGAUGAUGGCAAGACAAACGGGAACUUUGGUAUCGCGGAUCAGCGCGAGCACAUUGCUGCAUUCGCGGGGACAAGGACCGCAUCACGAUUUUCGGUCCAGUCCGCGGGAGCUGCGUCCGUUCGUGCGCUCAUGGGCUCUCCGAAGGCGAUGGGCAAGUACGCUGCAGCUAUCCCGAUGAGCAACCUCGCGGGCGCGAACUAUGCCACGACGUACUCUUUGUACUAUACCAUCCCCGAGGAAGUCUCGCUUAUCGCGGAUCCGAUCAUCUCGGCGGCCAAUUGCAGCGACGCGAGUGAUGUCCUGGGUUGCCUCAGGGCCCUUGACGUCGACACGCUUUUCCGUCUUGGGACUGUUGCUAGGUACCUCGUCGUGGAUGGUACAUACAUCGUCCAUCGCCAGCUUCCUGUCGACGGCUCUGGGGAGGUUGCCAACGUCCACACCAUGAUGGGCUUCAUGCGCGACGACGGGGCAGGGUUCAUUGGUUACCCGACCAGCGGAAACCUGACCGAGGCAUUGAUUGCCGCGUCUCUGAACACCAGUAUCGCCGACAACGCGCUGUUCCCAGAGCCGUCUGGCCCCAAUGUAACGCUGAAUGUCUACAACGUGACUGCUGGUGCUACGACGGAUGUUGAGUUCCGCUGUCUGGACGAGGCGACGGCGUUCUCCGUGGUCACUCACGAAUUGUUCAAGAGUGUGUGGUUCUACGAGUUCAACAGAAGUUACGAGCCACCCGGGCAUGAUCCUAACUGGCCCACUUGCGAACCGCCCGUCACCCCGGAGCAUCCGUUCGGAGACACUUCUGCCGAGUACUUCAAGUGCCACUCCGGCGAGCUGUACUACGUGUUCGCUUCGCUCCCUGUGAACCUGCCGUACCGUGACGAUCAGGACCUGCCAUUCACACAGCGGAUAGUAGACAUCUGGUCGUCCUUCGCGCGGACGUUCAACCCGAACCCCGACCCUGGGUUCCUUGCUGCCCGCGGCUUCACGAGCACGGCGCAGCAGUUGGCGGCCCAACCAAAGUGGGAGCCGGUGACGAAGGCUAAUUUGCAUGGGAAGCCGGUGCAGCAGCUACAAUGGGAGAGCAUGAUGGUGCCGUUUGGACAGCAGGAGCAGUGCGAUUUCUUGGGCUUCCCGCUGACAUAUUAUGGGUAAAGUGAUGAUCACGUCGGGGUGCAUGUAGUCUUGGGAAAGUGGACGGAACGAUGUGGUGGAGUCUGUAUACGGUGGUAUAUUCUAGUCCGG